AUUAAGCAACCAAAGGAAUUGAAGAAUAUGUUUAAGUCUAUGCUUAACGCACCCACGGAGUUCUAUGAUAAAUGGAACGUCCAAACUUUCGUUCUGCUAAGUCUCUCACUACAGGCCAUUCUAAUUUUAUUUGCACCAUUCAGAAAGCGAACAGGAAAUGGGAAGGUAGUCUUUCUGAUUUGGGUAGCUUACUUGCUGGCCGAUUGGGCUGCUAACUUUGCAGUGGGACUUAUUUCCAACAGUCAAAAAGAUAUUCGCCAAAGAAUUUCUCGUCAACCUGAUGAUCAUGCUGACAUUCUAGCAUUUUGGGCUCCUUUUCUUUUGUUACACCUUGGUGGUCCAGAUACCAUAACUGCUUUUGCUCUCGAGGAUAAUGCCCUCUGGCUAAGGCACUUGGUUGGGCUCAUAAGCCAGGUUGCUGCUGCUUUCCUUGUCUUUGGUCAAUCCUUUCCCAAAAACAAGUUAUGGGUAUCUACUUUCCUUCUGUUUGUCGCUGGAAUCAUCAAGUAUGCUGAGCGAACACGUGCUUUAUUUCUUGCAAACCUGGCUAAAUUCCGGAAAAUGAAGCUUAAAGAUCCUGACCCAGGGCCUAACUAUGCAAAACUCAUGGAGGAAUACUCUUCGAAGAAAAAUGAUGCCAAACUCCCAGCCCAGAUAGAAUUGAUACCAGAACCUAAUAAAGAAUCCAGGACUAAAGGUUAUGUAGUCGGUGAAGGCAAGCUAGAUGAUGAUCUUUCGGUGGUGAAACAUGCUUAUCAUUUCUACAGACAAGGGUGUGCGACCCCGGCUUUACGCCAACCUGUUCCUGUCCAGCCUACAGGAACUGUGCAGCACCCAAAAUUUUCCCAAACAGCUCGUGGGAGCCCAACUGUUCAAGCCGUGCCUGGAAUUUGUGCGGAUGAUCCCUUCAAGAUUCUCGGAUAUUUCCCCAACAAUUUCUACGAAAUCUUCAAUGGUCUCAUCGUGGAUCUAAUCUUUAGCUUCCGCGAGCGAGAUGAGAGCCGACUGUUUUUCAAGAACAGAACCCCGGAAGAUGCCUUGAAAGUGCUAGCGGUUGAACUCAACUUCAUUUAUGAAGUUCUGUAUACGAAAGUUGCCAUGGUGCAUUUAGGGCUUGGAUACUCUAUCCGGUUUGUAUCCUGGUGUGUGGUUGUGGCAGCCCUUUCAACCUUCUAUUCAAUAGAUAAGAAUGGUUUUCACAAGACUGAUGUUGGAAUUACCCAGGGCUGCCCUAGAAUUACCUACACCUUGCUCUUUGGUGCCAUAGCCUUGGAUACAAUUGCUCUCUUUAUGUUGGCUUUCUCUGAUUGGACUGCUGCUUCGAUCCAGAAAUUGUCGAGGGGAAAUAUCUGGAAAGCUUCUAUAGACAGAUGCUUCCUCCCUCUCCUCAAAUACUUUCUCACUCUCAAGAAGAUAAACUGGUGGAAAGAAGGAGAAUCAACAAGUUGGUUGGGACGGGCUAGAGAAAUCCUAUUCCGGAGGUGGUCUGAAUCUCUAUCUCAAUACAACCUGAUACAUUAUUCUUUGAAAGAACGUCCAAAAAGGAACGCUACACUACUCUUUGAUUGUUUUGGCCGUACAUGGAUUGGUCUCAUUAAAAGAAUGGACCUUAAAGAUUGGUAUGAUCAGAUGAAAUAUGAGACCAAGAAACGAUUUACAGAAGAUCUAUGGAAAUUCAUCUUUGAGCAGCUGAAAAAUAAAUCGGAACUUGGAGAUGAUCCUGACACUGCGAAGAAGAUAUGGUCAGCCCGUGGAGAAUGGGUUCUACAGAAUACUGAAUGGACUAUUGAGAGUAGUAGCAAGUUGAUGCAAUAUAUUCUAGACGUUGAUUAUGAUCAGAGCCUCAUAUUAUGGCAUAUUGCUACAGAUCUUUGCUAUCAUACGGAGAAUAUUAAUAUUCAUGAUGAUCAGAGGGAUGGCGACAGUAAUAAUCGUCGUGAAAUUUGUAAAAUGCUUUCGGAUUAUAUGUUAUAUCUUCUAAUUAUGCAGCCUACUAUGAUGUCUGCUGUAGCAGGUAUUGGCGAAAUAAGAUUCCGCGAUACAUGUGCCGAGGCCAAAGAAUUCUUCACCAGAAAGAACAUACCGGCUAAAGAAGAACAUGAACAGGCAUGCGAAAGGAUCCUUGACGUAAAUACUGAUGUCAGACCUGUUGAUUUGAAGGGUGACAGAAGCAAAUCUGUGCUGUUUGAUGCAUGUAUUCUCGCCAAAGAGCUACAAAAUUUGAAGGCGCCGAAUAAAUGGUAUGUAAUGAGUGAAGUGUGGGUGGAAUUGUUGUCUUAUGCUGCAAGCCAUUGCAGGGCCAAUACUCAUGCUGCUCUACUAAGCAAAGGAGGAGAGCUUAUCACAUUCGUCUGGUUAUUAAUGGCUCAUUUUGGCAUAGGGGAUCAGUUCCAAAUAAAUGAGGGCCAUGCAAGAGCAAAAUUGAAUGUGGGUAAGUAAACUGGUCAAUCCAAUGGCUUCUUUCUAUGUACUAUUUUUUCUUUUUCUUUUUUCCUUUUUUCAAUUAAUUGGAGGAUGGGCAUAAUAUUUUGCUGUAUCUUUUCUUUUCUUUUUUUUUCCUUCGCUAGGAAUGGAGAUGUUUGUAAUGUAUGUGAAAACACCAGUAUAUCUAAUAAGU